CUCGCCUAGUCUUAGGCAUCCAUGCAGAUCGAGACACUGCCAAGUUAUGAGUGCGCUGAUAUAAAGCUUAAGCUUUCUUUAAACUUUCAUCGAUUGUGUUCUAUCAAAUCGGAGACUUCUGGUGUCACACAGUGUUUUGACUUCAUUCGGCUUUCACAUUUCUUUUCUUCAGCACAGACGGUGGCGUAAAGAUUGAGAACUAUCGUUAAUCGAUUUACUGCCGACAUGACUUGGUUUACCGGUGCACGAGACACGUCUGAUAAAGGUUGGCAUUUUGAUGCUGUCAGUCUCUUGGCUGUAAUUGGGGAGUCCAUUAUCGAGAGGCAGAAGCAUCUUAUAGUGGCUUCACCAUUUAGUGUUCUCCCGCGACUUUUACCGGCGCCACAAGCCAUCUUGAACACGGAUUCGACAACCCAGCUGCCACCGUUUGAGAAUGUGUCUGUUACUAGUUUAUAUUCAGAGAUAACUGCCAAUCAAUUGGGUUAUUUCGCUGGCCUUAUUCAUUCGGUCGACAAAUUGGAACCAUUUGACUUUCGCGUUUAUUGCAUUCGUCACUCGGAACGCUACAUCACUGAAGCCAACAGCGAUAGACUGAAAAAUUAUCAUAAACCCACUAGAACGCGGAUCGGGCUAAAGUUGCUCUGUCCCAUGAAUAUUCUGACCUUGGCAUCUGUUCUCUGGACAAUUGGUUUGGCUGUUUGGUCGAUUGUCCUCCACGAUGGUGUCGGCUUGCUUGCCAUAAUCACUAUGUCAAUAUCCAGCAGCCUUUCAUGUCUUUCACAGCAAUUAUAUCCAGAACUGGAGAAAACUUCAAGACACACCAACGAUUCGAAAGGGGACCUUGUUAUCAAUACCCGAAAUGGGGCUUUUAUUGUCGUUCAGUGCACCGUGGAUAUUGCCCGGGAACUGUAUCUCGAGCAAGAACGGUACAGAUAUACCUUACGGCCGGACGCAACUCUCUUCAAAGUUCUGAUGGGAGCCAGCACCAUUCUACUUAUGGUCUCUGUGCUUCUCUCCAGUAACUGCGGAUGGACAAUGCAGACAGCUAUUGCUGUUACUUACAUCUUGUUGAAUCUGUGUUACUGGGCUCUUCCCGUGUUAUUUGAUGCGCGACUCUUCUGGGAUGUAGCUGCUCUUUAUGAAGUGGAGGUGAAGAACCAGAGGUGUAACGAUAAUUAUACGGUCGCACUCUGGAAUGCAAUUCAAGAAACAGGCGAGGUUGGUUGGGUUCGAACAGCUCACUUAUUACCUGAUUCAGAAGUAUGGGAUCAUUGGUUGGAGGAGGCAAAGGAAAAUAUCGACAAUAAACACUGGGAUCCUGAAGAGUCAAAGGACCGAUGGAUGACAGCGGCAUUAUAACAUCGACUCCCUAAAAC